AUGGCAAACUCGAAGCCGGCCGACGCCGAGUCUGCAGAAGCCCUGCAUGGACUCCUCAACGAUGUGCUCAUCCAAACAGGCAAGGCAUUGAGAUCCCAAAGUAAGGAAGGCAGAUCUCAGCUCCAGGCUCAGAUUUCGCUACAGACAAAGAUCCCGGAGCUCAUCGAGACCUUUCAUUGGAAGCUGGAUGACCUUGAGAGUGAGAUAAUGAGAGCAAAGGCGGCGUUGCAGAGAGACCUGGACCGGUUCCGGCAGGAACGACAGCCCGUAGAACAGCCUGCGCCGAUAGAGGCGCAGACUAAAUCCCCCAUGGCCAUCGACCUCGACUCAUCGUCUCGGGAACCGUCCCCUGAGAACAAGACCGAGGUCACGGAGGAUUCGGGCCCGCACCGGGUCCCCCCCGCUGAACCGAGUGCAGCUCCGCCGAUGGCUCCGUUCCCCGAUAUGGGCGUCAGCUUCCAGCCACCGUCGGAACCCGCGCAGCCGGUGAAGCAGGAGACAACUCCUGCGCCGCCGGCUAUGAUGGCACCUAUGGGUGAGGUCAAGUUGGAGUCGAAGCCCACCCCGCCCGCAUCACAACCCCAGCCCUCGGGCGCCCCGGAAGCGCCGAUGGACGACUUGUUCGGCAUCGGCGGGGACGGUGGCGACGGCGGCGACGCGGGCGGCGGCAACGAAGCGAAUGACACCGAAUUCCACUUCACGGACAUGACCUUCAGUCUGGCACCCGCCAACAACGACUCACAACCCCAGCCCCGGGCGCAGGAGGCGCCAAUGGACAUGUCGUUCGGCUCGGGCGACAUGGGCGGCGACCUCCUGUCCCUCGACAACCUGCUUCCUUCCGACAACAACGCCGCGAAGCAGGAACCAAAGGCUGAAACCGCGCCAGCGCCGCCCGCAGCAGUCGACCAGCAGAAGCCCGCGGAGGCCAAGAUGGAGAAGCAGGACUCGAGCCUAGACGACCUGUUCGCCCUCGACGACGGCACGGGCAUGGACGACAUGGACCUCGACAUGAACAUGGGCGGCGAAGGUGGGGACGGCAACAACUUUGACGACAUGAUGUUCUUUGACGACACGGAGAUGGAGCAUGGAAAGUUCGACGAGGACUUUUUCCAGAUCCAGUAG